AACUCAAAUUGCGAUUACGAUGUACAUAUCUAUAAUGUACGAAGGCGAAGCCGCUUGAUCAGAUACCAAAAAACCUUCGGACGUACACAGUCAUGCGUCCAUCGACAAUGUACCUGCUGCCGCUUCUCUUCCUCGGAGUUUUAUUCUCCACCACCGUCAAUGGAGCCGCAGUGCCUGACGGAAGAGUCGUCGGUGGUGAGGCGGCAUCCGUCAGCGAGUUGCCCUGGCAGGUUUCCCUGCGGAGGAAUCUCGGGCAGCACUUUUGCGGCGGAUCCUUAAUAUCGACGACCAAGGUGCUGACGGCGGCUCACUGCGUCGAUUCUUACGACGCUACCGACGUCCACGUUGUAACCGGCAGUCUUAGCCUGGCGGAAGGUGGCGAGUAUCACGCGGUCUCGAAGAUCGUUUACCACGAGAACUACCUCGAUGGAUCGGUCUACUCUUGGCAGUACGACGUGGCCAUUCUAACGCUCGCCACUCCGGCGGAAAUCUCCGAGACUCAGGCCCCGAUCGCCGUCAGCACGACGAUCAUACCGGGCGAUACGCCGGCCGUAGCAAGCGGAUGGGGAAUCUUCCUCUACCCGUCUUACGCGCUUCCAACCGCUCUGCAGAGGUUCAAUUUGACGGUGCUUUCCAACUCGGACUGCCAGAACUAUCACACCUUGACUAUAUACGACAGCCACAUUUGCGCGAUGUCGGAGUACGGCCAGGGCGUCUGCAGCGGUGACAGCGGCGGCCCCCUUGUCGUUGACGGCGAGGUAGUCGGCAUCGCGUCGUGGGUUAUGCCAUGUGGAAUCGGAUACCCGGACGUCUACACCAGGGUCGCCUCUUACGCCGAUUGGAUUGAAGAAAACACCGCUGACGACGAGGGCUAGACUAUAUAUAUAUAUACUAAAUGUAUAAAUUCGUUGACAAUAUCUAUCUAUUUGUUUAAAAACAUCUAGUACCUCAUUUUUUAUAAAAAAAAAUUAUCCUGUUCUUCUUCUUA